AUGGCAGACCCUGCAGGAGAGAACCAACCCUUGCUGCCCACAUCCAACGGCGCAAUUGCCCUCGUCUUUAUCGGUAUCAGCACCGCGCUCAUGAUCCGCCUAGUCAAACCCCAUGAUGAACCACCAAAGUCGCCACUUUCCGAUAAGUUGACAACACCCGCCGUGUUCAGUCAUCUGGAAGAGCUCUAUGCGAUUGCAUUGAAGCACAACAACUCGCGAUCGGUCACCAACGGAUACAUGGCAUCGGCCGACUAUGUCCAGACACAGCUCCGGAAGAAGGCACACAAGUACUGCGACAUUUCGACCCAAGAGUUCAAGGUCCCUGUGUGGUCUGAACUGGAGGCGCCCGAGUUGACCAGUUCGGGCAUUGGUUCUAUCGACAGCCAUGUUCUCUACCAGAACAAGGUUGACUUUCAGAACUUCAGGUAUGGAGGUCCUUCGGCGACGCUCAAGAAGCAGUCAAUCCAGGGUGUCGACAACAAUGGCUGCUCUCCUAAGGACCAUAGGAAGCUCAAGGGCAAGAUUGCUGUCAUCCAGGAGGGAGGACCCUGCGAGCUCUGGGAGGCUGCCUACAACGCCGAGAACGCUGGAGCAACAGGAGUCCUGUUUUACAACAACCCCAAGCGCAAGGCAUUGUUGUUCUCUCGGAUUCGCAUCACGGCCUGGAAGGAGGGCGACCCCUUAAUUUCGAUCCCCGUCUUGUCAAUCACCAACUCGCUUGGAUCGACUCUUCUCCAAAACCAAGACAAGGUCGAGUUGAACCUGAAGACCAUCAACAGAAUGACAGUCGAGCCCACCAUCAACGUUCUCUGCACCACCAGAGGAGGCGAUGACAAUGACACCAUUGUCUUGGGAGCUCAUCUGGACUCUGUUCCCGAGGGACCCGGUAUGGUCGACAAUGGCUCUGGCUCGUCGUCUUUGUUGGAGAUCGCACUUGUGUUGGCCAAGGACAAUUACAAGCUGAAGAACAAGAUUGUCUUUGGAUGGUGGGGUGCUGAGGAGAUUGGACUCUUGGGAUCGAGACACUAUGUCCGCGAAUUGGUCAAGGAUCAUGAGGCCAAGGACAAGAUUGCGAUGAACAUGAACUUUGACAUGCUUGCCAGUCCCAACUAUGUCCCCUACGUCCAUGAUGGCAAGACGGCACCGGAGGCAUUGGUCGGACCAUCGUCCAAGAUUGACCACCUGUUGAUCGAGUACUUCGAUUCAAACAGAGAGGGAUACGAAUACACUGAUAUGACGGGAGGAAGCGACUUUUUGCCGUUCCUUCUCGAAGGCAUCCCCUCCGGAGGAUUGCUCACGGGCGCUGGCGAGAGAAAGACAACGGAGCAGCGGACUCUCUUCGGAGGCUUUGCGAACGCCCCUCUGGACCCAUGCUACCACCAAAGUUGUGAUACCCUUGAGAAUGUUAGCAAGAGGGCCCUUGGCUUGAUGGCGCAGGCUGCGCUGCAUGCGAUCACAAAGUUGGGCAAGGCCGAGAACUUGCGUGAAUGGCUUGCCAACACCGACGCCGCCUUAUUGUAG